UUCAUAGCAACACGUAUACAUAUGCUGGAGAUACAGAUAUUUGAGAAAAGAAAAAUGGAAAGUUAUGAAAAUGUUUAAUAACUUUCUGACAGCUGUAAUAUUUUAUGAUCAUCUUAGACCUCCUGUAUUAUCUAACUGUAACUUGCAGUUAACAGAAAUGAAAGUUUGUUCCAAGUUAGUUUUACAAGCUAAAUAAAAUUGACUUACCCUAGGUAAAGUUGAGAAGAUCACAUUUAUUUUUGGUGAAUUGUUUUCCCCUUACAUGUAGUUUUCUCCAUCUUUUUGUCAUAACCGUUUUAUAUAGAAACACCAUUAUGUAGACUUUUCAUGCUACCUUCCACUAUUCUGGGCUUGCCAUUGUCACAUUUCAUUUUAUAUUGAAAUUUGCUUCUAAGUGAUUUGGGACCUCACAUGCCUACUGGUUAAUAUGAUAAACUAAUAUUGUCUGACAUUCUAAUAGUAGUAAUUUAGAGUUUGGGAACCAACCAUAUGUGAUGUUCUUUUGAGUCAGUCAGCAUCUUUCCCCUGACCAACCUCACUGUCUUUUCCCCAUCUCACCUCAACAUCUUCAGGCUGAUUCAUUAGUAAUUUUAACAGUGAGAAUGUACAUCAAGUAAAAGGGAAAUAGAAUAGUAAAUUUGUCGGGUGAGAUAUUUGGGAAUAGAAAAGGCUUUUGCUCUGACAAUUAUUGUACAUAAUCCCUACCAAGUCCAUUCUUUUUUGCCUCAAUCCUGUGAUGUUGUGUCAUCCUAAGGAACUCUCUUUUUUUUUUCCUUUGUAGUGAACCAUUCAUAAUAUUUUCUGGUGGAUUGUCCUACGACAAAGCUUGCAGAAGACCAAGUUUAACUAUCAUGCAUGGAAAAGCAAUUACAGUGCUUGAAAUGGAUCAUCCUAUUGUUGAAUUUCUAACUUUAUGUGAAACACCCUAUCCAAAUGAAUUUCAAGAACCUUAUGCUGUUGCAGUACUCCUGGAGAAAGAUCUCAUUGUAGUUGAUCUGACACAAAGCAACUUUCCAAUCUUUGAAAAUCCAUAUCCCAUGGACAUUCAUGAAUCACCAGUUACGUGCACAGCAUAUUUUGCUGAUUGCCCACCAGAUUUGAUUCUAGUGCUCUACUCUAUAGGAGCCAAGCAUAAAAAACAAGGAUACAGUAAUAAGGAGUGGCCAAUCAGUGGAGGAGCUUGGAAUCUUGGCACACAAACAUAUCCAGAAAUCAUUAUUACUGGGCAUGCAGAUGGAUCAAUUAAGUUUUGGGAUGCAUCUGCAAUAACUCUGCAGAUGCUAUACAAGCUAAAAACUUCAAAAGUGUUUGAAAAACAGAAGGUAGGAGAAGGAAAACAAACAUGUGAGAUUGUAGAGGAAGACCCAUAUGCCAUUCAGAUGAUCUACUGGUGUCCAGAGAGCAGAAUAUUCUGUGUAUCAGGAGUCUCUGCAUAUGUCAUAAUUUAUAAAUUCAGCAGACAUGAAAUUACAACAGAAAUAGUGUCAUUAGAGGUACGACUGCAGUAUGAUAUUGAAGAUAUUAUUACCCCAGAACCAGAAACAAGUCCUCCAUUUCCAGAUCUUUCAUCCCAGCUUCCUUCAAGGAGUCUUUCUGGAAGCACUAACACUGUGGCUAGUGAAGGAGUAACAAAGGACAGUAUCCCAUGCCUCAAUGUUAAGACACGACCAGUGCGGAUGCCUCCAGGAUAUCAAGCAGAACUUGUUAUUCAGUUGGUGUGGGUGGAUGGUGAACCUCCACAACAGAUUACUAGCCUUGCUGUGAGCUCGGCGUAUGGAAUAGUUGCAUUUGGGAACUGCAAUGGGUUGGCUGUGGUGGAUUUUAUACAGAAGACUGUACUGUUAAGCAUGGGGACCAUUGACCUGUAUAGAUCAAGUGACAUAUACCAACGACAACCACGGUCUCCUCGAAAAAACAAGCAGUUCAUUGCAGACUAUUUUUCUCUCUUCCUUCUGCCUGCUGCUGAUGCUGGUGUUCUGGCAUGUUCCAAAGACAACUUUUGCAUGCGUGGCCUGUCUAACUUUUAUCCUGAUUUAACGAAACGGAUCCGUACUUCCUAUCAGAGCUUAACUGAGUUGAAUGACAGUCCAGUUCCCCAGGAACUUGAGCGCUGCAAGUCUCCUACUUCAGGACUUGCUACCAGAACUCCUGAGGCAGCACCAGGCUUUUAUAGGAAUGAAAUACCAGCUAUGAGACAGAGGAAUCAAGUACAUCAUUUGCCAGACCAUGUAAAUGGACACUGCACAAGUCCCACUUCUCAGAGCUGCAGUUCUGGAAAACGACUUUCCAGUGCUGAUGUUUCAAAAAUAAAUCGCUGGGGUCCUGGAAGACCACCAUUUCGAAAAGCACAGUCAGCUGCUUGCAUGGAGAUUUCUUUGCCAGUUACAACAGAAGAAAGUCGAGAAAAUUCCUAUAAUCGUUCUAGAAGCUCUAGCAUCUCCAGCAUUGACAAAGAUUCUAAAGAAGCGAUUACAGCACUAUACUUCAUGGAGUCCUUUGCUCGGAAAAAUGACUCUACUAUCUCCCCUUGUUUGUUUGUUGGAACUAGUCUGGGAAUGGUGUUAAUCAUCUCCCUAAACCUACCUUCAGCAGAUGAACAAAGAUUUACAGAGCCAGUCAUGGUAUUGCCAAGUGGUACAUUCCUCUCAUUGAAAGGAGCUGUCCUAACAUUCUCCUGUAUGGACCGAACUGGUGGGUUAAUGCAACCACCAUAUGAAGUUUGGAGAGAUCCAAACAACAUAGAUGAAAAUGAGAAAUCUUGCAGAAGGAAACUGGUCAUGAACUGCCCCUCUCCAUCCCAAGAAAUAGGAGAUCAUCAGUACACAAUAAUCUGCUCAGAGAAACAAGCUAAAGUCUUCUCACUGCCUUCUCAGACUUGCCUCUAUGUUCAUAACAUCACAGAAACAUCUUUUAUACUGCAAGCGGAUGUGGUGGUCAUGUGUAACAGUGCCUGCUUGGCAUGCUUUUGUGCCAAUGGGCAUAUCAUGAUAAUGAGCCUACCUAGUCUUCGCCCAAUGUUAGAUGUGAAUUAUUUGCCACUGACAGACAUGAGGAUAGCACGGACAUUCUGUUUUACCAAUGAAGGACAGGCAUUAUACCUCGUCUCUCCUACUGAAAUUCAGCGGUUAACAUACAGCCAAGAGAUGUGUGAUAAUCUACAGGACAUGCUGGGAGAUUUAUUUACUCCUAUAGAGACACCAGAAGCUCAAAACAGAGGCUUUCUCAAGGGCCUGUUUGGUGGAAGUGGACAAACAUUUGACAGAGAAGAGCUCUUUGGGGAAGCUUCUGCAGGAAAAGCGUCACGCAGCCUCGCACAGCACAUUCCUGGACCAGGUGGUAUAGAAGGGAUGAAAGGCGCUGCCGGAGGGGUGAUGGGAGAGCUGACUCGUGCACGGAUCGCACUUGAUGAGAGAGGACAGAGGCUAGGAGAGCUGGAAGAGAAAACUGCAGGCAUGAUGACCAGUGCAGAGGCAUUUUCCAAACAUGCACACGAGUUAAUGCUGAAAUAUAAGGAUAAGAAAUGGUACCAAUUCUAAACUUCUAAAGAAGCUAUGACUGCUUUGAGAAACCAUUAUUCAGGGAAACCAAAUUUAUUCCCAGCAUCAAUAUUCAACUGCUAGAAGCCAGUUUCUUCUACAAAAUGUUCCAUUACAGUCCAUCUGAAGUUAUCAUAAGGGAGACUUAUCAGAGACAUUGUGCAACCCAAGGCUGGAAUCCUGGUUAAAAUCCCAAGAUAUGGCUGAAUUUGCCUUUUCCCACAUGGAAUGGAGCUAUCAUCUUGGCAUGUUGUUUGCUAAGGAUUUACAUUUAGGAACUACGGGGAGUCCUUCUGAUUUGAAAAAAUCCUGUACAAACAAAAAGCAUUAAUGCACUUAAUGAAAAAAAACUGCAUGAUAAAUUAACAUCUUAAGAGGAAAAGAAAAAAGCAUGUUGUGACAGAAGAAAAAAAAAGAUUUAUGGUAAACUAUUUUUAUAAAUUGGGCCACACCUGACAAUUAAAAAAAAAAAAAUCUGCGUUAGAAGGUAUCAGUACAUUUGCAAUACCCAACUUACAAAGCAAACAAAACCAGAGUUUUCUGUCAUCUAUAACUUUCAUUAUAUACUAGGACAUUAUUGAAUUCCUAUGUCAAGAGUCUGAUUAAUAUUGUUCUCUCUCCAUAAUAUUUUACAUUAUUCACAGUUCUCAGUCAUAAUCAAAUAUAGCCAGUACAGUAGAUUAUUCCUAACACAAUUAUUUCCAUCACCUUCAAAACAAGUUGCUAUUUUCAGUCACAACCAAUGCAGGGUGGGGUCACCUUGAAGCAUAUUUUCAGCUUGGCUUAUACUCUGCAGGGAAGUUGACAAUAGGUUUGGGGAAACUAGAAUUACAAGAACAAUGCUGUUAGCUUUGAGAACUGAUUUCACACACUCUGGUUUCAGUUUCUAAAGUGAUAUAUUUUUAAUGCUCCAUUUGUAUCCUUGUCUGCCAAUUACACAGUAUAUUACUGUUUAAUCUCCAUGGGGUCUUCAAUUCAAAGGUGCUCUUGCAGCCUGAUACUCACAGACCAAACUGGUCAUUCUCUAGUCUGAUUCAGUAAAACCUCAGCUAAUGUUUUAGGAAAGAGAUUCUGACAUUUCUGAUUAAUAAGGGCUUUCAUUAGAAAUUGCUUUUUGGUUCAAUAUUAUUACCAGGUUAUAAAAUGUGGUGAUGUUUUUGCUAGCUUGGGUUUAGUCACCAUUAUGGAUGACAGAAAUACAUAGAGAGUGUAAUGAUACAAAAUCAACACUUUUGUCACUUGAUAAGCUAAAUAACAUAAGCUACAGGAUUAUGUCAAUAGAUAACAAACACCUAUUCCUUAUUAAAAACUCUUUUAAAAGUGGAAUAAAGAAUAUCCUUAAUAUGAUAAAAGAUAUCUAUCAGAAUACAGACGUAGUAGAGGCCAACAAGACACCUGCUACCAUUAUUUAACAUGAUUCUGGAAGUCAGGUCACAGGAAAUGAAUAUAUGCAGACUCUGGGACCCAUCCAAUAAUAUGUAUGUUGUUCUUUCAAAAAGAAUCUUUUUAAAGAAAAUUAAUGGGUUCAGCUCAUUGAAUUUUGGUUACUCAAGUUCUUAAUAGGCUUACAUUGUGUUUCUUCAGAAUUCACCAUUUUCCUUAAGUCCAGGAUCUUUUAGUAGCCAAAAAUAGUAUUUCUGCUUUUUUUUUUUUUUUUAGUUUUUAAACUUCUGGUGAAUUUGUUUAAAGUGGCACUUUCUUAAGUGUUUUGAGGAAUUCUGACAAGAGCAAAUUAAUUUUGUGAAAGAAAACAAAUACAGAAUAUUUUAAAGCAUACAAAAAAAAAAAAAAACCUACCAGAAAGGACAAAAUAACAUUUCACAGAAGUGCUUAAAACUCUGGCUUUAAUGAAUAGACCAAAAGUUUAUAACUGGCACAUCAAUUAGAAGUAACGUGCUUCUGAAAUGCUUGAAAAGAGGUUCUUUUUGUCUUUCAGUAGAGUUUUUAUAAACCCUUUCUUAAUGUAAGGGUAACUUCAUCCCACAAACUUGCGAUUAGUGGAAUACAAAUUAAUGAGGUUUUACUGUAUCAAAAUUAUUUUUAUAAUUCAAAGAGAUAGCAAUAACAAGAAUGUGAUAUGGAUGUGAUUUUUCUCUUUGAACAUUUCUGUUCUGUUGCACUGACCUUAGCACAUGCGCACACAGACACACACAUACAUACUACUACCACCACCUAAUCAUCAUCAUCAUCAUCAUCUUUGGAAAACAACUACUAGUAUGCAUGGAAUACUUUACAUCUCUCUUCUCUACUAUUUAAAUGUCUUGCCUCUACCUUGAAACAUAAGAAAAAUACUCCUAGUAACUUGAACAAUGAUAGAGAAAUGACUCUGAGCCUUAGUUGUCAUUAAAUUACGUUUUGUCUGCUUAAGGUGACACCAGAAGAUAAGGCUUGCAGUCUCUACAAGUUGACCUUAUCUCCUUAUGACUCCCUAAAGAGAGAAGCCUUUCUUUGUGUCCCAGGAGAAUAGGUCUUUAGCAUUAUAAUUCAUCAUGAGAAGUUGGAAGUAUGUUUUCCUGGUUCAAAUAAUGCCAGCAAUAAUCCCUACCAUUAAAUUUAUCCAUUAAAAACCCUGGAGUUUGGAGGGAUGGAUAACUGAUUCAUCAUUUAUUUUAAUCCCCUGUGAAAGCAGUACUAUCACCUCUGCUUCCUACACUUCACUGAGACCCAGACUUACUGCCCUAGUCAUCAUCAGGGCCACUGUCUGAAUAACUUUGGAAGAAUGGUGACAGAACUGAGUGAGAUGUUUUCUGAUAAUUUAAUCAUAAAGAUAAUUUUUCAAACCUUUCAUAUAGCUUUCAAAUGAUUCUCAAUAAAUCAGAAUCCAGUGUCUCUGCUACUCAAAGAUACUAAGGGAUUAUAAAGGAAAAAGCUUACUGUUGGAGUCCUUUUAUAAAAAUGUGAACCAUAUGUCUGUUAUCUGCAUUAAGGGGUUACCAUGGCUUUAAGAAAGGAAAAGGAAAAUAAAGAUUAUGUCCAAGAUUGGCUGAAGAAGAUUAAGAUUAGCUCUUUGAGCUAACCAGCUAUAAUCUGGUUAUAAAUUGUUUGGCAGAAGGGGAAAAUGGAGCAGAUUUAGAAGAGUAAACUAAAAAUCCUCUCAUUGGUUUAGGAUCAUUGGGACAACCCAGGAGUUUAUAUGUAUGAUUAUAGUCUGUCCUUGUGGGAAGACAUUGUAACUUGAUCACCUUUGUUCAGAGAGGGCAAUGCCAAAACAGGUCAACAUUUUUGCCAGGUCUUGCUCUUUCCAUCAGGAGAAACAUGGUAGCUUUGCAGCUUCUUCACCUCUGUCCUCUAGAGCCCCAACUCCACUUCUGAGCAGUUACUGUUUCACAGACACAGUGCUCCAGAUGUCAGAAAUACAUGCCAGUAGGUCACGUAUGUGGAUUGCACCAUUGUAGGGAGCAUGGUUGUAGAAGUUUAUUGUAUAUAUUUGCACACAACAUAGCCCUGAAAGGACAAAAUGCAAAACAGGAAGGGUCUGACUUGGGGAAGAAGAACAAGUGCCAACUUGGUACAGGCAGGCUCAGGCAGAGACAGACUUGGGAGCCAGAGUGAAGCAGGAGAAGCUUUGCUGGAGAACUGAAGCACAGCUGGUCUGUUUUACGUAGGGAAGUGAUUCUCAACUUUGGCUGUGCAUAAGAAUCACCUAAGGAGCUUCUAAAAUUCCCAGUUACACCAAAAUUUUUCAGAGUGGAAACCAAACAUCAGUACUUUUGAAAGGCUCCAAGAUAGUUCCAGUGUCCAGCCAAGGUUGAUCACCACUACUACGGAAGACACAUUUGUCUAUACUGGCCAGUGUUCAAGCCCCACUUCUGAGGCAUCAAGGAAAGUAAGAUAUUGGAGAUACAGUGUUGGCCAGAUUGAUAUCUGUGUUGCAACCCAAAACAAAUCUUCUGAACAAAUUUCUGACCAGGCAAUGCUCCAUUAACUCUUAUUAACUCUGUCUUUGUGAUUGUCUCCUAGUGACUUUGCCACUAAUUAUUCCAGUUCAAACAUCUAGAUUUUUAUUGCCUUAUACAUGUGACAUCAAAAGACACCAGAGAUAUCGUAAAAGUUCAAUAGCAUUAACACUAAGUGGAAAACUAAUUCUUACUAGUUGGAUAGCAGAAAUUCUCAAAACAAUCAUAUACUAAAUCAGGUCCAAAUUUAUUACUCAUUCUUCAUUUGGAGGAGACAUGGGUACCAGCUACCUGUUCUGCCAUAGUGAUAUUUUAUUGAACUUGAUCUUAGCAAGAAAAGAGAACAUCUCUCCCUUUUUGAUUGUUGUCUUUGCUCCCAGGGCAAAGGAUUUUGGAUUUAUUUUUUAAGUUACUAGACAUGUGUUUAAAGGAAGAAGGCCUGCAACUCACUAUGUGGCCUCCAGUGCCCUGAAAAAGUGCUUUCACCUUCAAAAUGGGAGAGUCCACCUAUCCAAGGAAAUACCAGUCAAUGAAAAAAAUGGAAGUUCCAUUCUCUCAUCUCACACUGCUCCCCUAUGGUACUGGCCCAUCCUUCUCAACUACAAAGCCAGAAAAUGAACUAGGUGGUGGUUAUUGACAAGUGUACACAGGAUCAAAAUCUCUAAUAACCUAUAAUUUUUAGUACUUAAUUAUGUGAUGGUUUAUUCUAGGAAAUAAGAAACAGAUGACAUCAUUGAUGUAUCUUUCUUUCAUCUUCAGAAUUUUUGCAUCUUUUCAGAAAACAAAUUACUAUUUUUCUGUUGCACUCAGCAAUUGUGACUAUACUUAAAAUUCUUGUAGUCUGUAGAGAUAUCAAUAAAAUUGUAUAUGUUUGUACAUAGA